AAUACCAAUUAUUAUCAAAUUGUACCAAAUUUGGUUACAAAUUCUGAAAAAAAUAUUUAUUUUUAAUGUAAAUUCAAUAUAAUUGAGUGCAUAUUAGGAUAUAUGUUUUAAAUAACAAAUUUUUAUAAUAUUUAUUUAUUUAAAUUAUAUUUAAACUAUGAAAAAAGUGUCACAUUUUGACAAAAAUAAUCAAAAUAGAAAAAGUUUUUUAGGACUAAGGCAAUGGGAAAUGGAGGAUCAAGCAAAGUACAUUGUGGAUGAAGUUCGUAAGGCAUUGGAUGAGAACGGUCGAUUCAUCAUUAUGGAACUGAACAAAAUAUUUGAAGGGAAGAGCAACCAAGGCAUUCCUGAUGAUGAAAAUGAACUGAAGGGAGUGGUUCGUGGAUAUACAAUUUUAAGGCGCUCUUGGAUAUGGCACUUGUGGAAGUGUGUAUCUGGUGAUGAAUGCAGCAUCUCCAUAUUUAUAUGCCAUGAAAGUGAUCAAAUUGAUGGAUAACGAAGUUACAAAAGGUGUAGCAAGAGAGCUCUCUAUAUUGUACACUGUUCAACAUGAGAAUAUAGUAAGGAUGGAGCAUGUGUUUUACCACAAAAAUGCAAUCUGUAUGGUAAUGGAACACACAUUCGGAGUUUUGAAUGACUUCAUGGAACUGAAAGCGUUACCUGCCCAUCCAGAGAGAACAUACUUAUUGCUAAUGGGAAACUGAAGUUGGCUGACUUUGGAUGUGCUAGAGAGUGGUUCCUUACUGAUGUUAAUCUUACUCCACAGGCCACCACUCUCUACAAAGCACCAGAAUUGUUACUUGGCUCUGAAGGUUACACCCCAGCAGUGGAUAUUUGGUCAGUUGGGUGUAUAUAUGCCGGGUUUUAUGAACUAAAACCACUUUUUCAAGAGGAUCAAAACUCUGGAAUUGAAAUGGAGUCGAGUAUAAUACAUCGAAUUUUCUAGAAACUUGGAACUCCUACAGAAGAAAGCUGGCCAGGAGUGUCCUGCCUUCCUUAUUUCCCACAACAGAUGCCCCUGUAUCCUCAGCCUGCUGAAAUCAUUCCUGAUAUUGGUCCUCUGGGAAAUGAUCUUCUUUGGAAGCUGCUUUGCUAUGAUCCGACAAAAAGAAUUUCUGCCGAGGUUGCUUUGGAACAUCCUUUUCUCACCUCCUAAUCACACAAUUAGUUUAUACAAAGUAGUUGGAAAUAUAUAAAACAUUAUCAAGCAGAUGAUGGCACAAAUAACUAGUCUAUAAUAUA